AUGAAGGAGAUCACGAAACGCUUGAGUGAUGUCGGUGCUACUCGCCUUCCAGGAUGGGGCCGCGUGAUCCUCACUGUGCCUGGUUGGAGACACUACAAGAUAUGGCUGCCAACCGAUGUCAGUGGUGUUCGUGUUGUCAGUUUCUGUCCAGAUUGCCUGAACCGACCAAAGUUGAUCUCUACUGGGAAAGGAUGUGUAAAACGAGAUGAAAGCAUUCUGUGCGGUGUGACAGUGGCGUCCAAAUCGUGUGCUCAGUGGUCGGGAAUAGGUUUCACCUGUGCCUGGUUGGAGAAGGUACGAGAUGUGGCCUCCAACCGAUGUCAAUGGCGUUUUUAUUGUCAGAUUGCCCGAGUUUUCACGAGAGACUCAACUGAAUCUCUCGUUUAUGAUAUUUUUCACCUGAAUUCGCAGUACAAAGGACGCUUCAUAUUUCAGUUGGUACGAUAUUCGAUAUAUCACAGUAUCUUUUCACUAAGGAAACUACCCACAAAGUUGCUGUUGAAGAGUCUUAAGCAACGUUGUUAG